AUCUGUAGACAGCAGGUUGUGGGGGGCGGGGGGACGGCAAGAAAAGGGGAGGUUUCGGAGUUCCACCGUGGGGGCUAGAGGCCAGGCCGGGGGCGUGGUUGCCAUGGCUCCUUGGUAGCUGAGCUGGGGGAGCUAGAGAUGCCAGUCACGGAUGGUCCCUUCUUCUUUGUGCCUCUCUCUCCUUUUUUUUUUUUUUUUUUUUUUUGAGUGAGUGAGAGUGUGCGUGGGGAGGGAGAAAGUGAUUAAUUUGGAGAGCAGGGAUUGGAGCCUGGAGGCUGGGAGGCUGGGGAACGCCGGCCCCUUGAUUCCCACUCCUCUUGCGCGCCGGGUGAGCAGCACUUUCUCAGUCAGGGGCUGGGCUGAGGAAUUCCUGCGAAAACCCAAGGGCCGAAGAAGCCGCUGUCGCGCGGGCCCAGGUGAACUACAUUCUUCUCAGCCUUAAACCAAAAGUAAAAGGAAACAUUACGAUUUUCAUUCUUCCUGAGUUGCCUCCGUCCUGAAGAGCAAUGGAGAUGCUGUUAGGAGGAAGAGGAUUAAUUGUAUCUCUAAUUUGUCUCCUGUUGAAAUUCUCUACAGCCAUGGAUAUACCACUGUCAGUUCAACAGGUUCCAACAAUCAUAAAACAGUCAAAAGUGCAAGUUGCCUUUCCCUUUGAUGAAUAUUUUCAAAUCGAAUGUGAAGCUAAAGGAAAUCCGGAACCAAUAUUUACGUGGACUAAGGAUGACAAGCCUUUUGAUCUCUCUGACUCUCGGAUAAUUGUAUCUAACAACUCAGGAACCUUUAAGAUCCCAAAUGAGGGGCACGUAUCUCAUUUUCAAGGGAAAUACCGUUGCUUUGCUUCUAAUAAACUGGGAGUUGCUAUGUCAGAAGAAAUAGAAUUUAUAGUUCCAAAUGUUCCAAAAUUCCCAAAAGAAAAAAUUGACCCUCUUGAAGUGGAGGAGGGAGAUCCAAUUGUCCUCCCGUGCAACCCUCCCAAAGGCCUCCCACCUUUACACAUUUACUGGAUGAAUAUUGAAUUAGAACACAUCGAACAAGAUGAAAGAGUAUACAUGAGUCAAAAGGGAGAUCUGUACUUUGCGAAUGUGGAAGAAAAAGACAGUCGGAAUGAUUACUGUUGCUUUGCUGCAUUUCCAAGAUUGAGGACUAUUGUGCAGAAAAUGCCAAUGAAACUAACAGUUAACAGUUUAAGGCAUGCUAAUGACUCAAGUUCAUCCACAGAAAUUGGUUCCAAGGCCAAUUCGAUCAAGCAGAGGAACCCCAGACUGCUGUUGCCUCCUCCUGAACGUGGCAGCGAAUCGUCAGUUACCAUCCUCAAAGGGGACACCCUGCUCCUGGAGUGUUUUGCAGAAGGCCUACCAACUCCACAGGUUGAUUGGAACAAAAUAGGUGGUGAUUUACCAAAGGGAAGAGAAACAAAAGAAAAUUAUGGCAAGACUUUGAAGAUAGAGAAUGUCUCCCACCGGGACAGAGGAAAUUAUCGGUGUACAGCCAACAAUUUCUUAGGAUCGACAACUCAUGAUUUUCAUGUUAUAGUAGAAGAGCCUCCUCACUGGACAAAGAAACCUCAGAGUGGUGUGUAUAGCACUGGGAGCAGCGGUAUCUUGUUAUGUGAGGCAGAAGGAGAACCUGAGCCCACGAUCAAGUGGAGAGUCAAUGGCUCCCCAAUCGACAAAAAUCCAUUUGCUGGUGAUGUUGUCUCCCCCAGGGAAAUCAGUUUUACCAACCUGCAACCAAAUCACACUGCUGUGUACCAGUGUGAAGCCUCAAAUGUCCAUGGCACUAUCCUUGCCAAUGCCAAUAUCGACGUUGUAGAUGUCCGUCCACUGAUACAAACCGAAGAUGGAGAGAACUAUGCGACGGUGGUUGGGUACAGUGCUCUCUUACACUGCGAGUUCUUUGCUUCACCUGAGGCAACGGUGUCCUGGCAGAAAGUGGAGGAGGCGAAACCUCUUGAAGGUAGACGGUACCAUGUCCAUGAAAAUGGCACAUUGCAGAUCAACAACACCACAGAAGAUGAUGCUGGCUCAUACUCUUGUUGGGUUGAAAAUGCUAAAGGAAAAACUGCAGUCACGGCCACCUUGGAUAUUAGAAAUGCUACAAAACUUCAAGUUGCUCCUAAGAAUCCUCGUGUCCCCAGAUUGCAUGCACUUGAAUUAUAUUGUGAGAGCACGUGUGACCCACAUUUGAAGCAGACUUUGAAGCUGACCUGGAGUAAGAAUGGAGAAGCCUUUGAAAUUAAUGCCACAGAGGAUGGCAGGAUAAUUAUCGAUGGAGCUAAUCUGACUAUAUCUAAUGUCACCUCAGAGGACCAAGGUAUUUACUCCUGUUCAGCUCACACUGCUUUGGAUAGUGUCACUGAUGUAACUCAAGUAACUGUCCUCGAUGUUCCGGAUCCACCAGAAAACCUACAGUUGUCUGAAAGACAGAACAGGAGUGUUCGGCUGACGUGGGAAGCUGGAGAUGACCACAAUAGCCAUAUUAUCGAGUAUAUUGUUGAAUUUGAAGGAAACAAAGAAGAACCUGGACGAUGGGAGGAACUGGCUAGAGUCCAAGGCAAAGAAACAACAGUCAUGCUAUCUUUGGCCCCAUAUGUCAGAUACCAGUUCAGGGUCGUAGCCGUGAAUGAAGUAGGGAGAAGCCAGCCUAGCCUGCCGUCAGACCAUCAUGAAACCCCUCCAGCAGCUCCAGACAAGAAUCCUCAAAACAUAAGGGUUCAAGCCUCUCAACCCAAGGAAAUGAUUAUAAAAUGGGAGCCUUUGAAAUCCAUGGAGCAGAAUGGACCAGGACUGGAGUAUAGAGUGACCUGGAAGCCACAGGGAGCCCCCGUGGAGUGGGAAGAAGAAACCGUCACAAACCACACCUUGCGGGUGAUGACGCCGACUGUCUAUGCUCCUUACGAUGUCCAAGUCCAAGCCAUCAAUCACCUUGGCUCUGGCCCUGAGCCCCAGUCAGUGAUUCUCUAUUCUGGGGAAGACUAUCCUGAUACGGCUCCAGUGAUCCAUGGGGUGGACGUUAUAAACAGCACAUUAGUUAAAGUGACGUGGUCAACGAUUCCAAAGGACAGAGUACAUGGACAUCUGAAAGGAUAUCAGAUAAAUUGGUGGAAAACAAAAAGUCUGUUGGAUGGAAGAGCACACCCCAAAGAAGUAAACAUUCUGAGAUUUUCAGGACAAAGAAACUAUGGAAUGGUUCCUUCUCUAGAUGCGUUUAGUGAAUUUCACUUAACAGUUUUAGCCUAUAAUUCCAAAGGAGCCGGUCCAGAGAGUGAGCCUUAUAUAUUUCAAACACCAGAAGGAGUACCUGAACAACCAGCUUUUCUCAAGGUCAUCAAAGUUGAUAAGGACACUGCCACUUUAACCUGGGGACUACCUAAGAAACUGAACGGAAACUUAACUGGUUAUCUACUACAGUAUCAGAUAAUAAAUGACACCUAUGAGCUUGGAGCACUAAAUGAUAUCAACAUUACAACUCCAUGGAAGCCCAGCUGGCGUCUCUCAAACCUCAAUGCCACUACCAAGUACAAAUUCUACUUGAGGGCUUGCACUUCAAAGGGCUGCGGAAAACCAAUCACCGAGGAAAGCUCCACGUUAGGAGAAGGGAGUAAAAGUAUCGGGAAGAUAUCAGAAGGAGUCAAUCUUACUCAAAAGACUCACCCAGUAGAGGUAUUUGAGCCGGGAGCUGAACAUAUAGUUCGCCUAUUGACUAAGAAUUGGGUUGAUAACAAUAGCAUUUUUGAAGAUGUAAUUGAGACAAGAGGGAGAGAAUACGCUGGUUUAUACGAUGACAUCUCCACUCAAGGCUGGUUUAUUGGAUUAAUGUGUGCCAUUGCUCUUCUCACGCUAAUCCUGUUAACUAUUUGCUUUGUGAAGAGGAACAGAGGUGGAAAGUACUCAGUGAAAGAAAAGGAAGAUCUGCAUCCAGAUCCAGAAGUUCAGUCGGUGAAAGAUGAGACCUUUGGUGAAUACAGUGACAGUGAUGAAAAACCUCUCAAAGGAAGCCUUCGAUCCCUUACCAGGGAUAUGCAGGCCACAGAAAGCGCUGACAGCUUAGUCCAGUAUGGAGAAGGCGACCACGGUCUGUUCAAUGAAGAUGGAUCAUUUAUUGGAGCUUAUGCUGGGUCUAAGGAGAAAGGAUCUAUUGAAAGCAAUGGAAGUUCUACAGCAACAUUUCCACUCCGAGCUUAAAUGUAUCCCAUGUAAACAUCUGUGGUUCACACCAACCGUCCAUAUUUAUCUGUUCAAGGGAGCAAGAACUUUCAUGUAGGAAUAGAAACACAUCGGCAAAAGAUUUCAUCCAGAGUCCGAACAUCUUGCAAUUAUGUUGAGAAAAAUAGCACUGCCUUGAAAAAAUAAAAUAUCAAGCACUACAGGC